GGCGGGCGCCGCCAUGAUGGCGGCGGCGGCGGCGGCGGCGGGUCCGCGGCGGGGGCGGCUGGGCCGGGAGGCCCGGGCCAGCCUGGCCGCUUUCCUGCUGGGCGCCUCGGUGGCGGCGCUGCCGGUGGCGUUGGGCUCCCCCCCGGCUUUGCUGGCCUCCCCCGGUCUGCGCGGCCGUCUGGCGCUCGCCCUACACGUGGCGGGCGUUAACGCGGCGUUGCUGUUGCUCUACCCGCGGCCGCUUUACAAGAUCGCCGUCCGGGCCUGCUUCCUGGGCUUCGCCUUCGGCUGCGGGCUGCUGCUCAGCGCUGGCCGCUCCGCCUGGCGCCAUUUCGGCUGGUACAUGUGCUCCCUCUCCCUCUUCCACUACUCGGAGUACCUGGUGACAGCCAUCAACAACCCCCGCAGCCUCUCGUUGGACUCUUUCCUCCUCAACCACAGCUUCGAGUACAACCUGGCCGCCCUCUCCUCCUGGGUGGAGUUCACGCUGGAGAAGCUCCUCUUCCCAGAGCUGAAGCAGAUCACCUGGCUGAGUACUGUAGGGUUGUUGAUGGUGAUCUUUGGGGAUUGUCUGAGGAAAGCGGCCAUGCUCACAGCUGGCUCCAACUUCAACCAUAUUGUUCAGAAUGAGAAAUCGGAUACUCAUACUUUGGUGACAAGUGGGGUGUAUGGGUGGUUCCGGCACCCGUCUUACGUGGGAUGGUUUUACUGGAGUAUUGGAACACAGGUGUUGCUCUGCAAUCCCAUCUGCGUGGUGGGCUACGCCCUGGCCUCCUGGCGCUUCUUCAGGGAGCGGAUCGAGGAGGAGGAGAUCACCCUCAUUCACUUCUUCGGCGAAGAGUACCUGGAGUACAAAAGGAAGGUGCCAUCGGGUCUCCCUUUUAUUAAAGGAGUCAAAGUGGAACUGUAACGUGGGCAAUAACCCGACUGGCUGAGUGAACGCCCCAGCUCCAGGCGCCGCGGGGCGAAAGGGACGGUGUGUGGUGCCAGGAGGAACCCGUUGGUACCUCCCAG